AUUGCUGGUAUUAUUAGAGCAGAAAAUUAAACCCCAAUGCGGUAAGUAAUAAAGUGCAAUAAAGUCUGCCCCAGGAUACGACCACUGCAGCCAUGUUUACUUACAUACAACACGGGGGUUUUAUAUACAUAUAUAUUGGUUUUGGGUCGUGAACGCGCUUCAUGGAAGAUCCAGUCCGGUGGAUCUCGUGCACACGCACCGCCUGGAAUCUUUCGAGUCGCCGUGACGUGAAAGACCUGCGCGGAUGAUCAGAUCCAUAAAGCCAGGGGAGCAGUUGACUAUGGCGCACCAUGAUAUGGAGAUCAGUGUGGGGGUGAACGCAUCAUGUAGGUGACGUGAGCGGGUUCGCUAUUUGUUUGUGUAGCUUAAUGGUGAAAAUGGCGGUGCAUAGAGAGAGAGAGAGCGAUCUUAGCGAGGAUUAAACACGCGAAUAACGCGUUGCUCGGACUGACAGCAUUCACGCGAGUCACGGCAGAGGAUGCAGCGACGUUUCUAAGCGCAGGAUUUAUCCCCACUUCCGGUUUUUACUGUAACCGAAGACGAGUUGCUUGCUGGAUAUUUCAAAAUAGCUCUCGGCUAACUUCGUUAGCUUGGUUAGUCUUCAACCAGCACACACAACCGUUCAGGCAGAAAGCGUGCUUGUAGCCUGCGACUCGUGCAAAACAAACAAACAAUCACAGUUUGACGGAUUUACAGCAUUCACGCGCGCGGUGUCGGAUUAAUUAGCAGCGCGUGGAUGAUAAAAAAAAACUCAAAACAUUACAAGUGGAGUGCGCGCACGGACCCAAAACAUUUGCAUCGGACUGAAUGCAGGACUGAUCUCCAUCUGAGCAGGUUGUGUUGAGUGUGCCAUUGUUCCCCACCAGCCCCAGUGGGAUGGCGCUGCAUGACAGCAAGGGCAUGGCACUGUAGCCCUCUCCUAUUCACCUCCCUGUUCGCCUGUUACCAUCACACCAGGCCAGCGCCGUGGACCACAGACAACGCUCUUUCCCUCCAUGAGCAUCUUUGCAUGAGCUCAAAAUGAGUGCCUCAGGAGAGAGUGCCCUCGAUCCCCUCACCCCAGAGUCACGCAAAAGGAAAGGCUCUCCUUGUGACACCUCUGGUCCGAGCGGGGAGAAGUGGCGCAGGGAACUGGAGAGGCGCUACAUCGAUGAGGUGGCCGAGCUGCUGUCGGCUAACAUGGGUGAUCUUGCGAGCCUCAGUGUGAAGCCAGACAAAUGCCACAUCCUCAAGAGCAUGGUUGACCAGAUCCAGCAGAUUAAGCGGCAAGAGCAGGAGAAAGUAGCUUCCCCUGAUGAUGAGGUGCAAAAGAGCGAUGUGUCCUCCAGCAGUCAAGGCAUGGUAGAGAAGGAGGCUCUCGGUCCUCUCCUUCUUGAGGCCCUGAACGGCUUCUUUUUUGUGGUGAACCGUGAGGGUCGCAUCGUGUUUGUAUCGGAGAAUGUCACAAACUACCUAGGUUACACCCAGGAGGAGCUAAUGACUUCCAGUGUCUAUAGCAUCCUUCAUGUGGGUGAUCACAACGAGUUUGUACGCAAUCUGCUUCCCAAGAGCCUUGUCAGUGGGGUGCCGUGGCCACAGGAGCAUGGUCAACGAAACAGUCACGUAUUUAACUGCCGGCUGCUGAAGAGGCCUCCAGAUGAGGCGGAUGCAGAAAACCAGGAGGCGCGGCAGCAGUAUGAGCUCAUGCAGUGUUUCACUGUAUCGCAGCCCCGGGCAGUGCAGGAGGAAGGCGAUGACCUACAGAGUUGCCUGAUAUGCAUAGCGUGCCGUGCACCCAGAGUGCCACCGAUUCCAGUCAGUAUGGAGUCCUUCAUCACCAAGCAGGACCCCACGGGGAAAAUUAUCUCCAUCGAGACGAGUGCUCUGAGAGCCACAGGCCGGCCAGGCUGGGAGGACCUGGUCAGGAAGUGCAUCUAUGCAUUCUUCCAGCCACAGGGCAAAGAACCCUCCUAUGCCAAAAAGCUGCUACAAGAGGUGAUGACCCAUGGUACGGCCAUCAGCCCUCUGUACCGUUUCACGCUCAGUGACGGGACACCCCUUAGUGCACAGACUCGCUGCAAGUUCUGCUGCCCUCCCAACCCUGACGUACAGCCCUUCAUCAUGGGCAUCCACACUAUUGACAGGGAAAACAACACUGCUAGCUCUCAGGAAAACACUACCCAUAGCCUCCUGUCCAUGGCAGCUGCCCCGGCUUGCUCUCCUGCCAUGCAGCCCUCUGGAGAUGUCAGUCUGCACCACAACAAUUCCAAUGGAGGCAUAUCCAGCCCUGGCACCACCAUGCCCAGCCGGAUCGCACAUCCCCAGCAGGGCAGCAGCCUGUCGCCACUGGGCAGCCCACUCACAGCCACCCCUACCUCAUUCAUGUCUCCCCGGCCUCCCCGAGCCAGCCCAGGCCUGGCAAACAGUCCACGCAUCUCAGGUGUCCCUUUCUCACCCCCGACACCUGGCAUUCACUCUCCUGCUGGAGCACUGUCACGGCAGCAAUCUGGUGGAGAUGGCAUCCCUUUCUCUCUCCCUUCACCACUGGCAAGACAGACUCCCACACCCAGCAACUCACCUGUACGUCCCCCGCCGGCUAAGCCUCCCGAGCCAGGCCACAAUGACGACCCUUUGAGUACUAACCUUAAACUUAGCCAACUUGUGGAUGGCACCACAGAUCAGGAGGUCUCACCAGCCUCUCACAGUCGCUUGGGCCAAUGCCCAGCAUCCCACAGCACACUCACAGAGCGCCACAAGAUCUUGCACCGCUUGCUCCAGGACAGCAGUCCUACAGAUGGCACCAGCGAGCCUGAGAUCAAGAAGGAGCCAUCAGCAAGCAGCCCAUUACCCAGCCUGGUGCUGCCACCUGUCAAAGGAAACUCCAAGCAGCAGCCGGACCACCAGCUACUGCGGUUCCUACUUGACACAGAUGAGAAGGAUCUGGUGGACCUACCUCCACCUGCAGUGCUCAGCCUGGACACAGUGCGUGUCAAAGCUGAGAAGAAACCAGGAGAUGAAAGUGGGCAGUGUAGUGCUGUUAGUCCUCCUCCUCAGGCAGUGACGUGCCCAUCCAAACCCAGCGAUAAACCCAGUCCGCAGUUUCCAAGUGCUGAUCUGCAUACAUUGAAUCAGGUCCUGCCCACCCUCAGGCCUGUGGGGGAAAAGUCAGUGGAUGGGCCAGGGCUGCUCCAGCAAGGUGGUGACAGCGUUCCUAUAGGAUUGAGUGUGAAACAUGAACCUCCUGGAACACCCAACCGUGUGUUUCCUGAUGGAUCUAGUCUUCAGAGUCAGUCUCCGUUUGACUUUUGUGGUCCCACCACAUCCACCCAGGCUCAGAGUCAAGCUCCAGGUUCAGGUCAGGUACUGGGGCAGGCUGACCCCUUUCAGCUACCCAAGGAGAGCACCAGCCCCUUUAGUGACCCCACCAGCAUCACUAUAUUCAACACCAACACAGGCGUGGUUAAGCUGGACAUCCCGGAGUCACAGCAGUUCCAGCCCAUGUCCUUGCCUGAAUCAAUGACAUUCAAUGGCACUCUGGGGAGCCAUGCACAUGCCCCUCUGUCCUCACCUCAAGAGCAGUGCGGUCCAUGCCCCUUGGAUGAGAUGCUAAUCCCACCUUCCACUUCAGAAGCUCAGAAUGAUGAGAAGGCCCUGCUUGAGCAGCUCUUGUCUUUCCUCAGCGGCACAGAUGAAAGUGAGCUUGCAGAGCUGGACCGAGCACUCGGCAUCGACAAGAUUGUCCAGAGUGGGUGCCUGGAUCAAAUCACUCAGCGUUUUAACCAGCCUCAGCCAUCCACCCCUGUGCCUAGCUACCUGUCCCAGUUCCCUACAUCUCCUUCACAGUUUCCGGCUGAGAUGAACACAAUUCAAGGGAUAAGCUUUGCUGCAUCACAUGGACCCUUCCCAGGCAGUGUGGGUAUGACCCCAAUGCGCCCUGGUCUAAACCGAGCCCCAGGGGUUCCUGUUCAGAUGCGUCUGCCACCGAACCAGCUGAGGCUGCAACUUCAGCAGCGUGUACAGGGCCCACAACAGUUACAGAACAGGUUGGCAGCCAUGGGACAGUUUCCAAAGGGGGUACCUGUGGCAAUGGCGGUAAGGCAGGGCAUGCAGCAGCCCCAAAUUCCAUCACAGCCCCCACUCAAUGCCCAGAUGCUUGCCCAGAGGCAGAGAGAGCUCUACAGCUUCCAACACCACCAGAGACAGCUACUGCAGCAGAAAGUCAUAAUGAUGAGACAGGGAAUAAACCCUGGGCCCAUGGGAGUACAGCGCAUCCCCAAAGGCCCUCAGCAGCCGCAGCAGCAGUUUGGCUACAAUCCAGGCUUCAGCACUGUCCCUGGAAGCACCCCUACCUCUCCCAGCCACUUUAACCCCAUGGGGACACCGCUGGACCCCAAGCUGUCUGCAAGGCUGCCCUUGGCAAACCAAGGCAUGAUUGGAGGCAUGCAGGGGCAGUUUGGGGGACCUGUGAAUUCUCCUGUUCAGCAGGGACUUUUCCAGCAGUUUGGGGCUGCAGGUAUGGUCCAGCAAGGAGAUCCAUCAUUUCCCCCUGAACUCAGCAGUCCCACCAGUCCCUUGCUGCAAUCGCAGAACCCCACCUCCCAAAGUCCUCUGCUUCAGCAGGCCCAGCCACCACCUGGUUAUCAGUCACCUGACAUGAAGAACUGGCAAGGUGGUGUGAAUAACAGCCAAACUGGCCAGACUAGCUUGCAGAAUUUUGGCCAGCAAGGUGUGUACAACAACAUGAGCAUCACUGUCUCCAUGGCCGGGAGCUCAGGUGCUGCGGGUACACUACCUCCGAUUGGACCACCAGUUGGCAUUAGCAACAACAACCUCGGCAACGUCAGCUCUAUGUGUAAUGAUCAGGUACAGCAGGUUCAAGUGUUCGCUGACGUCCAGUGCACAGUAAACCUAGUGGGGAGUGACUCGUACCUUAACCAGCCAGGUCAAGUAGGGCCUCAGAAGCCCCAGAGCAGCACCAGCACUUCCCAGUCACAGCAGAAGAGCCUUUUACAGCAGCUCCUGACAGAGUGACCCUAAAACACACAGAAACUCAGACACAAACAGCUGUGUAGACAUCCCUGACAACGUUUCUAUUCGUCGCUUUUGGGGUUCUGUAUGGGUAAUGUCUGCUGGGCUCAGGAUAUGUUGGCCAGUGCUGGUGGCAUUUCGCAGCCAAUUAAACAGCUAAAGCAGUGCUCAUUGCUGGUCACCUACAUUUCACAGUUCCUUAAUAAUGGGUCAAAACCAGUGAACACCAAAGUCACAUCAAGUUCUUUAACUUCUGGAUCUGCUGCUGCUCUCUCACCAGCUGAGAUCCCUGACUGGGCCAUUGGAACAGUGCUUCUUGGAGAUCGGGGCAACAGGCGUGCACCUGGGUUUUGCUGCUGUAGCGAUCCACGUGAGCUUCGGUCAGACAGACAACGCUUGGGAGUGUUAAGGUUCUCUCUGCACUGGACAGCUCAGUUUCAGCUGGAUCUGUGACUGAUAAGCUCUCCUUAGAUGAUUGGGGAGAGCUUCCUAACGUUUUCUUUCUUCUAUUUCUUUCUCUUUCUUUCUUGAUUAGUUUUAUAAUUUUCCUUUAAUGCCUGUUUUUGUCAGAACAAGCAUUGCCAGGUUGGGAGAAACAUCUCACGUCGGCUAAAAAAAAAAGUAUAAAAGAAUUUAAAACACCCCUCCACCUCUCAGCAGCUGUGAAUACGAGCCACUUAGGGUCCCAUCAGCCUAUCAGUGUUGUUUGCCAUGUGUAUUGUGCGAGUUGGUGUUAUUGUACAGCACAACAGCGGACAAGGUUCAGGCCAAGUGCAGACUUUCAGAUUUGGUUUUGACAAAUGUAUUUUGUCAAAUCACUCCACCACCAACACCGACUGUGUCAAUGUCACAGGGUUCAAACCGGCUCUCUUCUUCUAAAGCUUUUAAUUUUUUUUUGUUUAUGUUCUAAAAGAAUAAUGUUUGAAAUCUAAAAAAAAAAGUGUAUGCACUUAAUUAAGACGGGUGAAUAUGACCUGGGAAGGUGUCUUAGCUCUCAAGAUUAUCAUGAAGGAAAGGUAAAGGAGAGCUCAUGCAAAUAUAACACAGUAUAAUUUUUUUCUGAUUGAUAUUGGUAUGCUUUGUGUUUUCUGGCAACCUGGUAUAGUAUAUGUUACAAUCCCUAAAUUUUGUUGUUCAGUACAUGAAGCUUAAAUGAUCUACACUGAUUCUGAUCAUUCAGUGGGGUUUACUAUUUCUGCUUUGUAUAGAAAUCCCAAGUUGCUUGUUUCUGUCUCUGUAAAGGAUGAGACAUAGUUGGUCUCUCUCUCUCUCUCUCUCUCUCUCUCUCCUUUACACACACACACACACACACACACACACACACACACACACACACACACACACACACACACGCGCGCCCCUUCAGCUCUUUGACUGCUCAUGUGACUACUGUUUGCCCAGUCAGACACUGUUCUUCAUCGGCAUUGUCCUCACCUCAUCACACCUCACUUCACCUCACUCACUCGCUUUCUCCUCUGGUCCUGGGUUUUAUUUAUUUUCUUAUUUUUUAUUUUUUUAUUCUUGUUACAGUGAAACACAUACAGUAAGACAGCAUUCUGCUUUGUGACCGUGUGCAAUAAUGUGAGACAAGAAUCCAUUAAAAGGCUUUAUCAGGUAUAGAUAUUGGUCUAGAUAUACCUAUGGUCCAAAUUGGUGUUGUGUAAAUGUUAUGUGAGUGACCAUUCAGAACUUGGAGCUCCUGACUCCCGGAUGCAACAGCAUUCUAGGAUUUGUGUCUGCUUGUGUUUUUUAUUAUUAUUACUAUUUUACACUAUUUUAGCUCGAUCCAACAUUGCUCGUUUCCUACAGCUUGCAUUUGUUUUUCCUUCCCCUAAGCCACUUUUCAACACAAACUUUACAAACAGGUUUACAGGACAUUACUUGCAUCAUCCAAAAGAAACAACAUAAAAAGGUGGCUAUUUUAAAUGUUCAGAAUGUGACAAGGUGAUGAGGAAUGACCUAGUGUAGUUAAGGUGUACAAAGUUUCAUGUGCCAAUGAAUCAGGUACUUUUAUUUACUUUUUUAUUUUAUUUUUUUUACCCAAAUCAAGUUUAUUCAUCCCAAUCAUUUGCCAAAUUGAACACGGUGCCUGUGAAUGACGGCUUACCCUUUAAUCAUUUUGCUUGCUUGAUCAGUUUCUCUCCAAGGUACAAAUGCUUUUAUCGUGUAAAUAGCAGACAAAUGUGAAUAUCAAUUUGUUCAACAAUAUUCUAGUGCUCCAACUUUGUGGUAAUAACUACUUUCUUCCUUUUCCCCUUAUUAUUAUUAUUAUUAUUAUUAUUAUCAUUAUUAUUAUUAAUUGUCUUGGGAUGUGUAUGACUGUCUGAAAGUAUUUGUGUGUGGUCAAUACUGUAUAUCAGAUGUUUAAUUACGAAAACGUACAGUUUUUUUUCCCUUUCCUCUGUAUUUUAUUUUACUCACACACACACACGCACACCUCUUUUCGUCGGGUUUUCAGAUCUUUAUAUGUAAGAACGGUUUUUAGCGACUGCUGAAUGUGAUUUUACUGAGGGAAAAAGAACCAUGGUCUGGCUUUUGUACGGGUUCAUUACAAAAAAAAAAACUAAACAAAAAAAAACUAAACAAAGAGAAUGAAAAAAGGCGAUGAUUUAAAAUUUUGUUUGGCAAAAAAGCUUUGAGGAAGUGGAACCUUGGUUUGAGUUGAACGGUGCCUAGGUAACUUCAGAUGCCAUAUAUUAAUCAGCAUGCAGCAAAUAUUAACUUCAUGAGCCUUUGCAUACAAGUCUGUAAUAUAUAUAUAUAUAUGACAGACUUGUAUGCAAAGGCUCAUGCAGUUGGAUAAAAUGAACGUAGCAUCAUUUAUCUUCACUUAAUGUCGACUCUGGUCUGGUCGAAUGGUCGCUCUGUUCUAUGUAACUGUGUAACAUCCCCCCCAUCAUCCUGAAUCUCAUUCCGAUUUCAAAUGGUGUAGUUUUGUUUGUUUAGGUGAAUUGUUUUUGGCUUAGAGAAUAAAAACCUGAUUUAUGGUUUAAACAUAAAAAGAAAAAUCCACACUGAUGCAAGUAUUCUUAGAUCAUUGAUUUAUUAUUUUUAGCUAAAUUACAAACACAUAUAUAAAAACAAUCGAGGUGCCUCACAUAUAGUAUGUAUAUAUUUUCAGUGUUACAGGGACCGUGUCCUCUUGUUUGUGGAUUUUUCUUAUAUAUACCUUUGUAUGAAGACCUUUGUCGUAUUUUACAUUAUUUUUUUUAUCUUAAGAAAAAAAAAUCCCAGACAUUUUGCAAGGAAUACAAUCUAGUUUUGCACUUUAAAUAUGAAUUCCAAGGAAACGCCAUUGGUUAGAGAAAAAAAACAAGCAUGAAACACGAAGACGAGUAACCACAGAUGUCCCCUGAAUGUAUCGGAAAACAACGUCCUUUUUUUUUUUGAUGUCACUUGGAACUUUCUCAGGUUUGUCAGCAACAACUUGGCCCCGUAGCCCUUCAUCCUCGAGCGAGCAGGGUAUCCCCAUGUUUCACUAUGUUUACGUCUCGUGAUUGCUGAAAAGUUCUUUCUAACUAUGCCAAUGUUCUUCAGGUGCUUUAACUCCUCCCUUUUCCCCUCUCACCUGCUUCUUUCACUUCAUAAAGACAUUCCUCGACUUUUAUCUCUCGACUCAUGCCUGAUCCAGGGCCAUGCACACUGUGCCAAGCUGUAGUAACCUGUCGCUGUCACUGUUUUAGUUGUUGUAGGCAUGCUUUUUGUCCAGCACUGUCCUUUCAUUCACAUUUUACUGCUCUAUUCUAUCACUACUGACCGAAAUCUUUUCUCUGCCUUAUUAAUGGGGUUCUUAGUUGCAGUGUCAGAAACUCUGGUGAUACAGCACACUCACUCAAAGUAAGGUUCCACUUUUCAACUGUAAACUUUAUAUAAAUAACUAUAACCAAAGUCAUGUGCAAAGCUUGGUACCCCCUCAUGUAAUUCUGAGCUUUUUUGUAAAAACAUAACUCAUCUGAUUGUAGCAGGUUUUUGCAAUAGACCAAUACAACCUUAGACAAUCAUAUAACACUUUUUUGUGAUUGUCAUCAUUUAUUUAACAAAAAUGAAGCCAAAAGGGAAGAAAACAUGGAAAAAAAACAAGUACCCCACGAUUCAAUAGCUUGUACAUCCACCUUUGCCAGCAAUAACUUGAAGUAAUCGUUUAAUUUACGGCUUUAUCUCUCACAUCGAGUUCACUAAGGUUUUUAAGAUUCAUUGAGGUAUUUGCUUAUGCACAGCUCUCUUAAGGUCCAACCACAGUCAAUUGGACUGGGGUUUGGGCCUUCAUUGUGCGAUUGCAUAAUGGUUCAUGGUUGACUUAAUGACUAUAAUGACCUGUGGAUGCAAAAUAAGCCCAACUCACCACCACCAUGCUUGACCGUGGAUAUGACGUGUUUCUGCUGAAAUGCUGUUUGUUUUUUUUUGCCAAACAUAGAGCUGGACAUUAAGACCGAACAACUGUUCUUUGGUCUCAUCUCUCUAUAGGACAUUGUGCCAGAAGUGUUGUGGUAUGUUCAGAUGCAGUUUUACAAAUCUCAAGUCGUGCUUCCAUGUUCUUUAUGGACAGAUGUUGUUUUUUUUUCCUGGCAACACUUCAAAACCAACUGUCCUUUUUCAGUCAUCUUCUAAUUGUGCUGUCAUGGACUUUAACAAUUUACAUGCUCACUGAGACCUGUAGGGUCUGAGAUGUAACUCUUGUUUAGUUUUUUUUUCCUAAGCAAUGUAUGCUCUGACUUGGGGUAAAUGUGCUGGGAUGUUCACUCCUGGGAAGACCGCCAACGGUCAUGAAUGCUUUUCACUUUUGAAUAAUCUUUUUCACUGUAGAACGUUGAACUCUAGAUUGUUUAAAAUAACACUUUUUAGGUUGGUUAGAGAAGCAUUGUUUACGUCUUUCCCUCUUGGCUUUGUCAACACACCUGAAUGCUCCAGACCACCAAACAUUUACUUACUUAGAGGGUACAUAGUAUUGCCCACAUUCAUUUUUUUUGGCUUCAUUUAUGUUAAAUGCAUAAAGGCAUGGUAAAAAAGCCUUAUAUUGUUAUUCAUCUGAGGUUGUAUUUACCCAAGACGCACUAAGAUCUGAUGAUUUUUACAGUUUUUAGACACCACAUAGAAUUUUGAAGAAGAUGGGGUACUAACUUUUGCACAUGACUACGUGUGUGUGUGUGUAUGUGUGUAUGUGUGUAUAUAUAUAUAUAUACAUAUACACACACACACUGUGUUCAGUUUGUAUUAUAAUACUUGUGAAUUUAUUUCACCCCUUGAGAGGCAGGUUUCCUUGCAGCUGCUUGACAUGAAUGAAAGAUUUAAAACGUGUCUGGGAGAAUUCUGCAUGUUAGCAUGAUAUUUUUUUUACCCCAAAAUUCUACCUUUCUUUGGACGUUGUAGACAAUCAGUCACAUGCUGGGUCCAGCAGCUGCAGGUCUGUCCUGUGGGCUGCAAAUUUGUGGCGACAUUGUUGUUCUUUUUGUUUUCACUUCAGAUCUACUUCAGUCUUAUAUCUCUUUGUUCAUUUCAUGGAACAUAUGUGGCUGCUCAAACUGAAAUAGUUCAAGUUUACACAUGUACAGUAUGCAUACACACCCAAACACACACACCUCUUGCCCCUUACGUUGCUUUUUUUAAGCUGAUGAUGCAGACCUUGAAGGAAGUGAUGCUUUGACUAACAAAUCUCUAUAACAUCCAUGAAUGUCAGAAUGCAACACAUUGCAAUAAAAGCACCAUGUAAAAGUA